AAACACGGUGAUGUCGUCUGCAACCUUGUAAAUGAUUGUGUCGUUCCAGUCGUGGUGACCUUUAGCAUUGUGCUAGUCUAACGCAAUGACUGCUUUCAAAGAAUCUUGGGUGUACAUAUGGCUUUGACAAAUCAAUCAAACAUGAAAACAUACAAACUUUGGCUGCAUCAAAAGUCUCGGACCUCAGAUCCGAAUGUGGAUAUUGUGAUAAACCCAAAGGAGUUCCCUGGAUUGAAGGCCAAGGAUAUCCUGGAGAUUUACCACCCAGAUGAGGAGUAUAGUCGCCUGCUGCUACAGUUUGAAGAGUUGAAUGAUGAGCAGAAGCAAAUUAAUCAAAAAGAGACAGUCAGUAUUGACCAGUCUAUCGCCACUGCCUUCCAGCUGCGAAUGUACAAAGAUGUCUAUGUCCAGAAAGUUAACCCACAGGAUGUUACCCUGGACCUGGUGGAGCUCCUGUUUAAGGAGCAGUACUACAGUCGAAGUGAUAUGUGGAGGAUGAGGAAGAGUCUGGUGAACACUUGUGCAUAUUUGACCAAAAAAGUGGCAUUUGCCGACAUGAGAGCACAGGUCAAUGAACUUUGGGCGAAAGGAGAGAAGGUGACGUGUGGUGUGGUUUCUGAGGACACUAGGAUCGUGUUCCGUUCCCCAACAGCUGUAGUCAGCAUUUUCAUACAGAUGAGCUCAGAAAUGUGGGAAUUUGACAACUAUGGUGAUCUGUAUUUUGAAAAAGCUGUGGAUGGAUUUUUGAAAGACCUGUUUGCAAAAUGGAAGGAGCAGAAUUGUUUACAUGAUGUCACAAUAGUGCUGUUUUCAAGAACAUUCUUUGAUGCCAAAUCAAGAGAUGAGUUCCCAAGGUCAAUGAGAGAUUGUGUACAGCAGGACUAUAGAGGGCGCUUUUAUGAGGACUAUUACAGGGUAGUGAUUCAGAAUGAGAGGUAUGAAGACUGGACCAGUACACUUGUUCGACUGAAGACACUCUUCAACGAGUACCCACAACGAGUCCUGCAUUACCACGAAAACAGGGGAGAUAACCAGAAGGUCCCCACAGCCCACAACUCGACAGCCGCACAAGGCAACUUCCUGGAAACCUUGAACAUGGCGCUUAACUUGUUUGAGAAGUGGUACAUAGACCGUAACUUUGACAGAACGGGGAAGGUGGCUGUGGUGAUCACCCCGGGGGCAGGAGUAUUUGAAGUGGACAGAGAACUGUGCAACAUUACGAAGCAGAGGACCAUCGACUGUGGUGUUGGCAGUGACCUGGUUUGUGUUGGAGAACAACCCCUCCAUGCUGUCCCACUGUUUAGGUUUCACAACAAAAACCCUAAUCAAAGGAUGCAGGACAUGGGAGAUGAUUACAACAUUCCACAUUGGAUGAACCACAGUUUCUACACAUCAAGAAGCCAAGUCCAGUGUUUGGCCAACUCCACAUUUGUACCCAGGAUUAAACCUCCACCUGAAGUGAAAGAAGCUUUGCUGAGGGGUAAAUCCAAGGAACAACCCAAGUGCAAAAAGAAGAAAGAAGCAGACAAGAUAUUUUCGAGCCCUCCUUACAUUAAUGAGAACGAAGAGAAUUUUCAGUUCAUAGACUACGAUGAGUAUGAUGCCCAGGUGUUUAAGAUCCCAUCACGACCAAUGAGGAGAGGGGGCUUCCACAACUGGACCACAGGAUCUAAUCUCUGCACAGCUUCCACCAUCAGAAAACAGCCCAAAACAUUAGCUGAGGCGAAAAAACAGCGGCAACCUCGAGACCGGCACAUUUCCGACAACUUCUCGGACCGCCAGCGCGCGAUGUCAGAGGAGAAGCACUCACCAACAGCCGCCAUAGGUAUCCCUCAUCGCCACGAUAGUAGAGAAAGUGCGUCGAGUUCUGUAGGAUGUUAUCCUAUACUAGGGAAGACAAACAGCAAAGACUCUUUGGUGUCGUCGGAAAGUGAGGAGAGCUUCCUGUGUCGACCAAUCGUAGGGAGCGCUGGCUCUCCUGUUGGCCACACAAGCAGGACGUCACUGAUCAACUAUCGACCAAACAGAGCCCUGAUCAACCCCUUCGCUCCAUCCAGGAUGCAGUUUAAGAUGACGUCUAACAGACGCCGCUGGGUGCAUGCCUUCCCCAUUGAUCCCCGGGGAGCCUCUGUUCAGACCCACCAUGUCCAUAUGUCAGGGGGAACGGUCGAGUCAGACGAACUGGGCACCUCACCUCCCACACGCGAGGCUGUUCAGGCUGCACAGAUAGCUGUGGAAGCAAGAAAGGUUAUGUCUGCAAGUCAGGAAGGGGAGAUAACUGACAACUACACAGGGUCAAUGUCUCCUACAAGCCAGAGUUAUGUCAGCUCUUUGAAAGGGGUAUCAAGUGGAGAUAACUUAGUGGCAAGUGGUGAAAUGCCAGGGUUAUCUCCCUCUAACAGCCAGGUGACCUUUGAACUUCCAGGAGUUGCCAGUACAACCAGUGUGUCCAGUUUGACAUCAGGAUUUGACUCCGCCACAAAGCUGACAUUCCCUAUGAUGAAAGGACCUCGUGACAACCUAACAGACAUAUCAGAUAACAGAGCCUGGCUCUGGGGACCCACUGGAGAGCAGGAAUGGAGCCCAGAUAUCACCACAGGAUUGGACUGGCGGCCACUGGAGGCUCAUGAAAUGUCGUUCGGAGACUCACAACUCGUCAAGCCCAUAUUGACAGCACGCCUCAACACUCAGAGUUUCUGCGCUACAAUAAGUGUAGACUGGAAGUCUAUCGUGAUGCCUGCGUCUCUGCCCAUCAGCACUGACUACUUUCCUGACAAGCGCAGCCUGCACAACGACUAUGUUCAGAAUGACUACACCCUCCUCCCGGAUGAUGUCAACGCUGAUUACUGGAUGAGACCGCCCUCCACAGAUGGGGACAGGUUCUACCGUCGCCAGCCGCUGACUACUGAACAGGUUUUUGAGGAGCUCAUCUCACAGAGGCUUGCUCAGGGAUUCCAGUUAAUUCUGAUGCCUAAAGCUUCGCCAGGGUCCUCGUCGGUCAGCAGUGUGCUAAGCUCAAGCCCUCAGUAUCAUGGCAGUGCCAGCAAGAUACGAUCCUCUACAACUCAGGAUCACUCUGAGGAGUAUUAUUUGAGUAUAGGGCGAAUCUUCCACCGUCUGACACUAACUCAGCAUCGCAUCACUGUCACCAGAUACAGGCCCAGGCACCCUCAGCCCCAGCUGUACUACAAAUACCAGUACAGAUUCCAGGCACCUGACUCAUUCAACUACGACGUCUCAUGGACCAAGUUCAGCAACGAGAAGCUGGAGAAUUACAACUGGAACUACCUGGACCAGUACAUCUGUACCCGAGGAGAGGGUGACUAUGGACUCAUGGAGUCGCUGAAGUUUUGGAGGAGCCGUUUUCUCCUCCUGCCUUGUGUCAACCCAGCCACCAAAAAGAUCAUUGAUGGCCACAAAUAUUGUGAUAUUUAUGAAGAGAAGACUCACCAUGAACUCAAACAGCUUAUCGAGGGAUUCCUACGAUGCUUGGAAAUCCUAAACAACAUCAAACGGACAGCAUCCACGAGACGAACCAAAGGGCAGCAGCCAAAGACAGCCCCCUCUACCCCUGUAAAAGGCGCUUCCACCCCACAGUCUGGUGGCACUAAAACAGAACUGUUCCCAGAGGAACGGUCCAAAGAGGUUAGAGAAGGUGCAAAGGGUAGCCAGCCUUCAGAGGGGGGAACCAGAUCACCUGCUGAAGUUAAAAAGUUACCCAAUCCCCCGUCUCCUCUCAUCUCCCAAAUAUCCACAGAGGUGGCCUCGGUUACCAUGGGUUACUCCGAGGGUCAGGGGUCGCAUAGAGCUGGUGACUCUAGAGGGCUGUCCCCUGAGCCAGUGACGGGCCUCAGUGUGAUGUCACCCAGUCAGGAUAUCAUAGACGCCAUGAUGGAUCCAAAUGAAGGUUUCCAGUUCUUGACAAACCCUGGGUUGCCUCCCCUGUGCUUUGUGUCAGCAGAGGGAGUUCACUGGUGCCUUGCGCAUAUCAGGGGAGUUAACUCUCCUAGUCAGGGUAUCCAGCUUAUUCAGAAAUUGAUGAAUGAGAAGUAUAUUGGCCACGCCUCCAGAAAUUCCCGGCACAGAUUUAUCUACGGCUUCUAUCUCUAUGUUAUUUUCCAAAAGGAGUCACAAGACAAGUCCAGAUCUAGUGGAGACCUCGACAGUCAGUUCAGCUCUCAUUUCUCCAUCGAGUGGUGUGAGGUAGCUGUGGACCCUGUGGACCCCUUCCCCCCACUUCUGGGGCAGGAGGCUAUCAACUCCCAGAGCCUGGAAGACCACAGAGAUAAGAGGAAGAUGUCGGGAAGUCUGCCCUCAUCGCUGGAGGACUGGAGAUCACAGAGCGGAUUACCGGCACACGACCUCACUGCAGGAUCUGUUUACCACAAGUUUGUGAACGUAGAUGUGGACCCGAUGUCCAAGGUGAACAGGCCAGAGUGGGCCACAGCCAGAUACCACGCUAAUUACAGUCCUACCUGUGCCUUUGAACUUCAGGUGCAAUGGAUGGUUGCCACAGGCACUGUGCUAGGAGAACUGGUGUACAGCUGGGCGAGAAAAGCAAGCUCAUGUGGCUUCCACCUUCUGCCUGUGCCCGUUGACCCCUUUGACCUGCCCUACACCCCUAACUCUGACCCACUGAGAGGCCCCACUUUUGUUCCCCUCAGAAUGGAGUGCUUAGUAAAGGAAGGCAUGGAGAAGAUAUUUGAAGGCUGUGAUGAUGAUGAAAGAGCAGAAAGAUUACUCCAUUUCCAAGAGACCAUACUGAAGAGGUUUGGGUUCAUGCAGAGUGGUGUUCGCCUGCCCAAUGUGCAAACAUACAAGGACUUUGAGGACACUCAGCAUCACUUCACGCACUGUACUGGCGGCAUGUUUGUCCUCAUCCCGGACACACGAGCCAUCCCUUCCCAAGAUUCCUCAUACAACCCGUCGUACGCUCAGAAAGCCUCGCUGCUGCACCAUGACUACAUCGCCCGUCAGACGAGCAGGACAGACACACCCUCCAGCCAGGCUGAGCAGGUGAGCACAGACGAGCGUACUCAACAUAUAGGAUUCCUGUGGAGCUGGAACUUCAUGUCUACCAAACGAUGGCGAUCUCCAAACACUGGGGAUGAAGUCUACCAGGACAAAAUGCUGGAAGAUUUCCGUAAUUUUACCUCCAAUUCAGAAGAACGACUUGUAAACUUCUGGAAGGAAUAUAGGGAAAUUAACUUCCCACAUUUAUGGGGACAGUUCUCCUGUGCCCCAGCCCCAGUCCAGUCUAGCUAAACAUCACACAUGGAUAUUGUUAACUAACAUUUUCUGGCUCACGAUGUCAUAAGGGAGUUGACUUUUGGAGGUAAUGUUUUAAAGAAAAAUUAAUUUAUUAUGUUUUGGAUAUGUUGAAUUUUAGAAUUUGUUCAGAACCUUUGACUGGUGUUUAUACUUGAGAUUUUUUAUGUUGAUUCAAGUGUAGGCAGAUUUGAACCACUAUCCAUGAACCUGACUUGUCAUUGUGUGUGUUAAAAAUUGUUGAGUAUAUUUUUUAACAACAGUCAAGUAAAUGAAUACUCACUGAAACAAAUGGUGUUGGAAUUCAUGAUUUAUUUUAUGAAAUUAUGAAGUCAUGGAAAUGUGAAGUAGUGAUCAGUAUCUUGAUGAAAAGCAUCAGUCAUGCAGAUGAUUCAUUAUGUAAAUAGAAGUGUGAAAAUCAGCAUUGGACAUUGUUCAUUUUGUGGUCAGUAGUCAUGUUUACAUUGAUUACUAUUAUUGAGUUGUUUAAUAAAUUACACGUUGAAUGUAGGCUAAAGAUGGAGGAUAGUCUAGGAUUUGCAGAUAUGUAAAUAUAGAGAAGUGUGAACAUUGAAAUAAGAUUUAAUAGUUUGCCUUCCCAAAAGAAAAAAAAUGAAAACCAUCAAGUUUUGCUUUAUUACAGUGCUUUCAUUAAAAUGAAAUUGGGUGUAGCCUAUUGCAGAAGUUAGGGGAAACACUUAUCCUCAGCCUGGAUUUGGGUGUUUCACAUAGCUGAAAACUCAAAGCCAUGCAGGUAACUACAGAAGAAAUAUACAUACAUCCCCAUGUAAAUAUACUGACGGUAAUGUAAUCAUUGAUGCAUGUUGUUAAAUCAUGUAAUUAAGCUUUUAUUUAAUGAAUGUUGACAUUAAUAUACCUGUAUAAAUUGUAUAAUGUUAUACACAUAUUUCUGUUUCACUUAAUUUAUGUUUUUAGCAUGUACAGUUACAUGUGUGAUAUACAUGUACCUAUAGAUGAUAGAUAUCAGAAUUUGUCAUCAUGUAGCAGGUGGUGCAAUGAGCCACUCGCAAAUUGUUCUGUUUUAUCCAUGUAUAUGGCAACCAAUCAGUAUUACUGUACAUCUAAUUAUCAAAGUGCUCAGAACAUGGAAGUAGAAUAGAUUCUACCUUGGAAUUGCUGUAGCAAAUGAAGGUUGCCAGAAUUAUUCAGUUGUGUCUCCAUUUUGGAUGAGAGGACAUUGAUACAUGUGUCAUCGUAGCAUCAUUAAGGUUUGAUGUUUUGAUGAUACAGCUUUCACUACAGUGCAGUUUGGCAUCACCCCACUAACCCAAACAUCUGUAACAUUAGGUGAGCAUUGGCCAGACCUCUUUUCCUUCAUCUGUUAGCAUUUUGAGGCCUCUGCUUGCACAUUAUAAGGGCUUGAAAUUCUGCUGUACGUUGAAAUGCGUCUUUGACAUCAUUUCCGAAAAUUUUUGUCCAGUGAUAGAAAGUAUGUAGAAAAGAGAGGGUUAGGAUCAUACUGUGAGAGCUGUAUUAUAGUUCCCAUUACAUUCUACAAAACCCUUAAUCUGACAAAUUUUACAAAACUGUGAAGAAAUAGGAAUAUUCCUUAUUUUGUAGACACUCAGGCCAAUAGAAAUUGCUAGAGUGUGAUAAUUUGCAUCAUGUUGCCACGACAUCACGUCAACUCCUAUGAUGUCAUUAAAAUCUACUCGAAGUCCUGACAGUAAUGACUUAACU